CUUUCGGCUGAGGUUCCUCACGUUCCAAAUGAUGUCUUGGAGGAGAUCUUCUUGCACGGUAUGAAGUGUAGUUUGCGAGAACAGGUGGUGAGGUUGAGGCCAGUAGGCAUGGAUGAGAUUGUGGAUAUGGCGAAAAUCAUAGAAGAGCAGGAGAACGAGCGCAAUGCCUACCAGUCUAGGUCCUUCCAAAGGACUAGUUCUGCGCCGGGACUAAACUCGAAUCACAGGAGCUAUCAGUCUAACUCUAGCUCAAUGAGACAUGGUGAGAACACACCUGCAAGGAAGUCGAGCGAUUCUCCGAGAGAUAACAAGAGCAAUGAACAAAGGAGAACGGUUCAGAACCCUUGUAGACACUGCGGUGAAAGGUUUUUCGCGGGACACCGUUGUAAAGCUUUUCAACGUUUUAAGAAGUUAGAACUGGAGGAUGGAGAAGACAAAGACGAAGAAGAGUUGAGUGAGGAAGAAGGGUCUGAGGAACAGAAUGGUACCCCAGAGCAGGAACUACAUGUGUUGUCAUUGAAUUCUAUGGUGGGAAUAACAUCAAAGAAGACGAUGAAAAUGAAGGGAAUGAUUGGCAAGCGGGAAGUGAUAGUUCUCAUUGAUUCUGGCGCCACCUGCAAUUUCAUUGCAAAGCAGUUGGUGGAAGAAAUGAAAUUAGCUGUGACCGAGACCGUUGGGUUUGGAGUAGCAGUGGGCAAUGGAGAGGUCAUUGCGGGUUCUGGAAAGUGUGAAGGCAUUGAAGUUGAGAUACAAGGAGUGAAAAUCAAAGAGGAGUUCUUGAAGUUUGAGUUAGGGACAAUUGAUUUGGUGCUGGGGUACUCGUGGCUGGCUAAGUUGGGAGAAACCCGCAUCAAUUGGGGUCUACACAUACUACGUUUCCAAGUAGAGGAGAAGUGGGUUUCAAUCUGUAGUGAUCCCGAGUUGUUGAUCGCACAGGUGUCGUUGAACGCAAUGGAGAAACUUUGCGACAAGGAGGAUGUGGUUUAUCUGCUAGAAUUACAGACGUUGUUUGAGAGUAGUGAGAAGAAGAAGGAAAAGAGUCCAAGUGUGGCGGUGAGUUCGCUUCUGAAGAAGUUUGCAGGGGUGUUUCAAAUGCCAAAGGGGUUACCCCCCAAACGCACUAGAGAGCACGCGAUUACUCUGCAAGAGGGAACUUCACCCAUCAACGCAAGACCUUAUCGUUACUCACAUACGCAAAAGAACGAGAUAGAGAAGCUGGUGAGAGAAAUGUUACAGGCAGGGAUCAUUAAGCCGAGCAUAAGUCCGUUUUCGAGUCCCGUUUUGCUGGUUAAAAAAAGGAUGGAGGAAUGCGUUUCUGUGUGGACUACCGGGCAGUGAUAGGUCCCCGAUACCCGUGAUCGAAGAGUUAUUAGAUGAGUUGGCAGGCGCAAC